GUUUUUGUUAUUCAAUAGUCUUGAGUGCUGUCCGAUUGUUUAAAGAAAUAAUUUCUACGAUAUACAAAUGGAAGACUUGCUCGGGUCAAUAUUAAAUAAGAUGACAAAGCCUCCUUCCCUUGAUGAGCAGCAAAGAAAAGCAACUAGAAAACAAGCCGAAAAGUUAAUUGAGAGGCAAAAUGAGGAACGUGCUCUUCUAAGAAAUUUUCAGAAAAAGAUGCAAACCAAAGUAGCUGACUUUAUGCUGGAUAAUGCCUUAGAGAAAAUCACUUUACCACCAAUGAAUAAAAUACAGCGUAGCAUAAUUCAUGAAAUUGCUGAAACUGCAGGGCUUUCUGCAUUUUCCUUUGGUGAAGAAGAUGUUGAUAGACAUGUGGUUGUCUACAAAAAGGAAUUCACUCCCUGUCAAGAGGAAUUGUCCGCUUACAGGAGGGGUUUGGAAUGGAAGCCAAAGUUAGCGGAAGAGGAAAACGAAGAAUGCAAGCCAGAAGUUGACCAACUGCCCUCUUCUAAAAGUGAGUCUGCCGCAGUGGCACACUAUUCAGCCAAGUACGAUCGAUUAUUCGGAAGCGAACAGGUGAAGGAGGCAACCAAGGUAACUCAAGUCAAUCGAAAAUACGGCUUUGUGUCGUCCGAAAAUAAGAAAGAUCAGCGUUCAAUUGAACAAACUUUAGAUGACAUUCGCGCCAAGAAACGACAAAAGAAAGACGUUACGAAUUCGGUUUAGAACGCUAUACUACCACAAUUUGGUUUUAUGAAAUGUAAUUCGACGUACGUACAUUGA